AUGUCUUCGCCAGAGUUCAGCAAUAGCAUUAGCACCAGAGACUCCAUCUACUUGGUGCAGGGACAGGAUGGUGAGGCAGCGACUUACACUCCUACUGAGAUCUGUGCUUUAAAAGGAUCAACAGUGGAAAUGCAGUGCAGCUACACAUACCCAUACAGUGAAAAAGAAGCAGUUACCAGAGUUGAACAAGCACUGUGGUUUACUAAGGAGGAGGAUAAAGAACCUGUGGAUCUGAGAUCAGACUCAGAGUAUGAAGGUCGAGUGGAGUAUCAGGGUAAUGAUCAGUAUUAUAGCAGUUAUAAGCCGUACAGCAGACUGAGAAUCAGUGACCUGAGAGAGAGUGACUCAGCUGUGUACAAGUUCAGGUUCAUAACAAACCAACCAGGAGGGGAAUACACUGGUGAACCUGGAGUCUCUUUAAUUGUCACAGAUCUCAAGGUGGAGGUGAUCAAAUUAACAGGCGGCCAGGUGGAGCUGAAGUGUCGCAGCAUUUGUCGAUCAGCUGAUUGUUCUUCCUACGUCUGGUACAAGAAUGGAAAGAAAAUUGAGGAAGGAACUUCCUCUUCUUACAGAGGCAACUUUAAUCCUGAUGACAGCUAUUCCUGUGCUUUGAAAGGAUGUGAGGAUUUCCACUCUCCUUCAGUGUAUGCUCCAAAGGUUCCCUCAGUGUCGGUGAGUCCCUCUGGUGAAAUAGUUGAGGGCAGUUCAGUGACUCUGACCUGCAGCAGUGAUGCUAACCCAGCAGCUACUUAUACCUGGUACAAGAAGAAUGGAAAUCCAGACCAGGAAGCUUUCAGGACAGGACCACAGCUGGACUUUGUUUCCAUCCAGUCCUCUGACUCUGGAGAGUUUUACUGCACAGCGCAGAAUGAGCUGGGCGAGAAGACAUCUGACUCCACCUCUAUUGAUGUGAAAUAUGCUCCGAAGGUUCCCUCAGUGUCAGUGAGGCCCUCUGGUGAAAUAGUGGAGGGCAGUUCAGUGACUCUGACCUGCAGCAGUGAUGCUAACCCAGCAGCUACUUAUACCUGGUACAAGUCCUCUGACUCUGGAGAGUUUUACUGCACAGUGCAGAAUGAGCUGGGGGAGAAGACAUCUGACUCCACAUCUAUUGAUGUCAAAUAUGAUCUGAAGGUUCCCUCAGUGUCGGUGAGUCCCUCUGGUGAAAUAGUGGAGGGCAGUUCAGUGACUCUGACCUGCAGCAGUGAUGCUAACCCAGCAGCUAAUUAUACCUGGUACAAGAAGAAUGGAAAUCCAGACCAGGAACCUUUCAGGACAGGACCACAGCUGCACUUUGUUUCCAUCCAGUCCUCUGACUCUGGAGAGUUUUACUGCACAGCGCAGAAUGAGCUGGGAGAGAAGACAUCUGACUCCACCUCUAUUGAUGUCAAAUAUGCUCCGAAGGUUCCCUCAGUGUCGGUGAGUCCCUCUGGUGAAAUAGUGGAGGGCAGUUCAGUGACUCUGACCUGCAGCAGUGAUGCUAACCCAGCAGCUACUUAUACCUGGUACAAGAAGAAUGGAAAUCCAGACCAGGAACCUUUCAGGACAGGACCACAGCUGGAUUUUGUUUCCAUCCAGUCCUCUGACUCUGGAGAGUUUUACUGCACAGCGCAGAAUGAGCUGGGAGGGAAUACAUCUGACUCCACCUUUAUUGAUUCAGACUCUGAUCCUGUGUAUCAGAGCGUCACUGCAGCACAAACAGAAGCCACAGAGGAGCAGGAAGACCAGGUGUAA